CGGUCAAAUUACAACCUUUCGUUUACCACGUUUCUGUUGCAAGGUUCAAAUCAACAACGAGCGAUAUUUGAUGGUCUCCAAUGGCUUGUAACGAGUCGAUUGCAGAUUCUUGUGGACCAAAUGGUAUAUGUUCUAACCACACUUCUCAGGGACCCUCGUGUUAUUGUUUAACAGGCUUUACAUUAGUCAAUGGGAUAUGUACCAUCCCGCCAACUCCAUUGCCGUAUUCUGCUGUUGCAUCGUUUUGUUGGUUAUCAUUCCUUCUGGUCGUGGGCAARCUUCUACGGCUGUAUUUCUACCUCUUUCAAAAACUGUAUCUUCCUGCGUCAGUGAUUGGAGGAAUACUUGGUCUUAUCAUCAUUCAACUUGCUAGUUUGAAACACGAAGUGUCGAGCUUUAUAAGACUGAAUUUCACUCAAGGAUGGUACAGCCUCGCAGGUUUCUUAAUCAACAUAGUAUUUUCAUCUCUGUUUCUCGGGACCAAGAUUCCCAAUGUGAAGGUGAUYUGGAAAGAGGCUGGUCCACAGCUUAUGUAUGGUAUGCUCAUCGCCUGGGGCCAGUGGCUUGUCGCUCUAGUCGUUACAGGAGCACUACUGAUGCCUGUGUUCAAUGUUCAGCCGCUGUUUGCGUCCGUUCUWCCUAUUGGUUUUGCUGGUGGGCACGGUACAGCUGGUGGAUUGACAAACACAUAUCGAAAGUUGGGAUUUGAAAAUGGAGGAGAUUUUGGGCUUGCGAGCGCGACUCUUGGUCUGACAUUUUCUAUCAUUUUCGGUGUCAUGUGGGUCAAYAUUGCUACUUACAAGGGGUGGGUGAAGAGAGAACGAAUUGACACUGCUCAAGAAGUCAAGAUAUCAAUUAGGGGGGUGUAUGCCAUGGGUAGUCGACCAGUAGCUGGUGUACAGACAGUUCGCGCUAGUUCUAUCGAUGUGUUGGCGUUACAUUUAGCCGUUUUGGGAAUUGCAAUGCUCUUUGGUUACGGACUCAAACAAACUUUGUUUGCAAUUGAGGACACGUCAGAAAAACUAAAAGAACUGAGGUUUCUAUCGGGAAUUCCUCUUUUUCCUCUUUGCAUGGCAGGGGGGAUAAUUAUGCAGUUGAUCAUCGAACGUAUAGAAACCAUCAAUGAACUUAUUGACGCAUCUAUGAUGGAAAGGAUCGCGUCGUCGUCCCUAGAUUUCCUAAUCACUGCCGCUGUUUCAACUGUCGAUGUGGCUGCGGUCGCUGUUGAUAUCGCUCCAUURUUGAUCUUAUGUACUUGUGGUUUUAUAUGGAACUUCAUCAUGCUUGGUGUUUUUGCAAGGUUUCUAUUUCAAAAUCAUUGGUUUGAGCGUGCAAUAGCAGACUUUGGUAUGAAUACAGGUGUAAUAGCUACUGGCCUGGUUUUACUGCGCAUGGUCGAUCCAGAAUCUCGUACCCCGGUSCCYGCAGACUUUGCUUUCAAGCAACUUCUUCACUCACCGUUUAUGGGUGGAGGAAUUUGGACUUGUCUUGCUGUUCCUCUUCUAAGCAUUGUGAAUAUUUGGAUUAUGGCAGCAAUCGCAGGCUUCGUGUUCACUAUGUGGCUUCUAUCAUACUUUUUCUAUUUUCGCAAGCGGUACACUGGAACGUGUGGCUGCAGUCUUUGUGCUGUCGAAAAGCCUCGUUCUUACUCCAAGAACCUUUCCUACCACAAUAUGGCAGAUCAUCAGAUACCCACUGARGACGGUGGUGAGAAUGGAGACGAAGCACACGAACUGAAUAACCGGUCGACCGACGAAGCUACGUCUAAAGCCAAAUAACUUCGUAAACUAACGACAAGAUAUUGAUUAACAAAAUGUUAUCUACAUCUAUAUACUUCCAAACUCCAAAAUGUAUGAACAGAAAGAGUAAUCAAAAGAAAUUAAUAACGAGCGCUGUACAGUGAUCCACGGCCGACAACGGACACUUAGCAACACUUUGUUAACUGACGACAAAUUAUUGAUUGGCGAGAUUCGGCACCAUUCGGCCGCAACGUCGAACGAAGCGAGGCAUAUAUUCACUCAUUCUGAUCGAUCAAUAAUGCCAGAACGUUGACUAAUUCGAAUAUUUAAUGUUGAACUGUAGUCUACACAAGUGGUUUAAUCAAAAACUAAAUAACUUCUCAAACUGACGACAAAUUAUUCAGCCCGGGAUUAUCAAUAAGUUCAUAAUAUUCAUGGGAUAGUAAAUGAGUAUAAGGAAUGUUAUACUGUAUACAUGGAAUGAUAAUGAAAAUCCGAUAACGUCUUGAUAA